UGAAAAGUCAUAUGACUGUGGUUCCGCAUAAUUGGCUACAGUCAUCAACAACAGUCGACGUUGCUUUCGGGAGGUUUAAUCUGAGUUUGGAGUUCUCACACUGAAUAUGUCAGCCUCAUAAACCUGUUUUGGAUUUCAGCUCGUCGUCGUCCUAGGAUAACCAAUGUCAGAUGUCCGUCGCCAUGUCUAGUCUGGAGAGCCCACGGUCCUCUGUGUUUACCUUUGAGUCCUCAGUGCACAGCUGCCACGUGCUGCGUUGCCUGGACGACCAGCGGAGGCGUGACCUGCUGUGUGACAUCACUGUGGUGGCCGAGGGGAGGAGUUUCAGGGCCCACCGUUCCGUGCUGGCCUCCUGCAGCGACUAUUUCACCCACAGGGUCUCCUCCCACGCGCCACAGGGACUUGUCAUCACCCUGCCUCAGGAGGUGACGGUGAGUGGCUUUGAGCCUCUGCUGCAGUUUGCCUACACAUCCAAGCUGCUCUUCAGUAAAGCUGACGUCAUGGAGAUCCGACACUGUGCCUCUGUUCUGGGUUUUAGGGAUCUGGACUCGGCCUGUUUUGACUUCCUGUUGCCCAAGUUCUUCAGCAGCAGCACGUCCUCCUUCCAGAGGAAGACCUGCUGUAAGACACGGUGCAGGACACAGUCCCCCAGGGCAGAGCUUAGUGACAUAGACACUAACAAGGAUGUCUUAGAUGAUGACAAAGGGGUCAAGAAGGUGGUUUCUGAUUCGCCCGUUGAACAGGAUGUGGGUGGCCAACCGGCAAAUGACGAGACGGGAAGCGAAAGCAAAAAUCCCGCCCAUCCUCCUGAAGCCAAUAUCCAAUCAGAUGGCCAGACUGACUACUCCCUGCAGUGGCCCAAGUACCGUAAAUUCCAGCAGGCUUGUGGGAAGGUGAGGUUGUGUCUGGAGGUCUGUGUCCCAGAAACAAACCCUGAUUCCUCAGUGGUGACGGAGGAGGGCUACCCUCUACACUUUCCCCAGUCCUGUCCACCCUGCUCCAGUGGUGGCGGCUUUAGGGAGGGUUCUGCCGUGGAAACUUCUGGAGAAAAAAACUCCUCACUUCUCUCACAGACUGACCAGGAAGGAGAGGUGGAGGAGAAGAUAGGAGAGGAGGGUGAUGAGGGGAAGUGGGAUGAGAGAAGUAGCGAGGCAGAUGAAGAGAACCUAGAGGUGUAUGAGACGAUAGGAGAGGGGGAGAGGGCUUCUGGAGUCGACUGGCUUAGCUCCCUUCUUCCUCUCAUGGAGGUGUCCAGAGGUAGGCCCGUCAACUGUGAAGAGAGCCCAGGGUCGGGUGACGGGACAGCGGGUACACCACCACACCGAUGCCCCCUGGAGGUACCUGGGCUGGGCAAGCAUAGCCCUGGAGUUGUGGGGGGAGGGGUUUGUGUUCUAGGGGGUAGAGGUCACCAUGAAGGGAUAAAUCCAGCUAUCUCCAGCCAGCCACAGACAGAACAGGAGCAGGGAGGGAGAGCGAGGAGAAAGGUGGAGAGAGGGAGAGAACAUGGAGGUAGCGAAUGCGGAGAGGGAGAGAGGAGAGAGCGAGGACGGGAAGAGAGGAGCAGUGUGGAAAGAGAGGUGGCUGAACACUUGGCCCAUGGCCUCUGGUCAGAGCUCUCCUCUCCUCCUCCCCUCGUCCAGGACUUCCUCCCUGGGACUGAGCCUGGGAACCUCCGGAGCAGCAGCCCCCCCUUGGACAGGCUCAACCAGCUGGACAUCAGCUCCAGUACUGGGGACUGUCCCUUCCUCCACGGCCUGGACAGGGGGACAAAAAGAGGGACGGACAGAGGGACAGGGAAGGGGACGGACAGGGGGACAAAGAGGGGGACUGGGCUGGGGUGUGAGGGGUCAUCCCAGUCAGAGAAGAGUCCCUGUGUGUCCUCCAUGACCUCUGGAGACGAUGGAGACUCAGACUGCUUCGACACGGAGGGAGACAGUGAGUCCUGUUCCUACAGCCAGAGGGUCAAGGAGGUGCAGCUCCCGUUCUCUGUGGGUCGUAUCGUGGGGUUGAGCAGGAACGACUUCCAGCUGAUGUUGAGGCACCAGGUUCUGACCAGAGAGCAGCUGGACUUUGUCCACGACGUCCGACGCAGGAGUAAGAACCGCAGCGCAGCGCAGCGCUGUCGCAAGAGGAAGCUGGACUGCAUACACAACCUGGAGUGUGAGAUAGACAAACUGAGGACAGAGAAGGACCAGCUGAUAUCAGAGAGGACCCAUCUGAACCAGAUGAAGCUGAAUACUUGGCACAGUGUGUCUGCUCUGUGUCAGAGGGUCUGCAGCGAGGCCGCCCUGAGACCAGAACAACUCCAGGUCCUAGCCAAGUACACCUCUCCAGACUGCCCUCUGUCUGCUCUCAUAUCCCCCACAGACCCUCCCUCCCCUGGGCUAGGAGGACUACUACAACCCCAGGACUCUCCCUAGGCCUGCUCCUCCUCAAGGCCUAGCCUCGGAUACCUGUCAGAACCCUUUGGAACCUUCGGAGCCCUCAGCCAGCUGCUCCAGGGACACACCCACAGGGGAGGAGCUCUCAGGUGAUUGGUCAAGCCCUCCAGGUAUAUAUAGCUGUGAUCAGGUGACUGAUGCCCCGCCCAUGGAACAGUGUGACCAACACAGGUGUUAGUCUGGACACCUUCAUCACCACUAUCAUCAUCAUCAUCAUCAUCACCACUUUAUGGACUUUCUUCUACAGGCAAAGACCUUCCUCAGGUGUGCACUCUGUUACUACUCCCCACAAAUGUAAAAGCAUUGAGCAAGGACGAUGGAAGCAGGGGUUCGGGAAAGUGCAAUCUUUUCCCGCGAUUGACACGGUUACAUAAAAGCUGACCAGUAUUUCAACCACAGAAAAUAUCUCGUUUGGACACACCUACUCAUUCAAGCGUUUUUCUUUAUUUUUACUAUUUUUUACAUUGUAGAAUAAUAGUGA